GGCGGGGGUCGGUGCGGGUCGGGUCCGGCCGGGCUGGCGCGGGGGAGCGGAGCCGCGGGGGCUCAGCGCGGUCGCCGCCAUGCCCGGCAUCGACAAACUGCCCAUCGAGGAGACGCUGGAGGACAGCCCGCAGACCCGCUCUUUGCUGGGAGUAUUUGAAGAAGAUGCUGCUGCAAUAUCCAAUUACAUCAAUCAGUUGUUUCAAGCCAUGCACAGAAUAUAUGAUGCUCAGAAUGAAUUAAGUGCAGCAACUCAUCUGACUUCAAAGCUUCUGAAGGAAUAUGAGAAACAGCGUUUUCCACUCGGGGGAGAUGAUGAAGUCAUGACUUCCACUCUGCAGCAAUUUGCAAAAGUGAUUGAUGAGCUCAGCUCUUGCCAUGCAGUACUUUCAACUCAGCUUGCAGAUGCAAUGAUGUUUCCUAUUACCCAGUUUAAAGAAAGGGAUCUAAAAGAGAUAUUAACUCUAAAAGAAGUUUUCCAAAUUGCAAGCAAUGACCAUGAUGCUGCCAUUACCAGAUACAGUCGGUUGUCAAAAAGAAAGGAAAAUGAAAAGAUCAAGGCUGAAGUUACAGAAGAUGUAUAUACUUCAAGGAAAAAACAGCAUCAGACUAUGAUGCGUUAUUUCUGUGCAUUAAACACUCUCCAGUACAAAAAGAAGAUUUCUUUGCUAGAACCCUUGCUAGGAUACAUGCAAGCUCAGAUAAGCUUUUUUAAAAUGGGUUCAGAAAAUCUUACUGAGCAACUGGAAGAAUUUUUGACCAAUAUUGGCACAAGUGUACAGAAUGUUCGCAGGGAAAUGGAUUGUGAAGUAGAAAACAUGCAACAAACUAUAGAGGACUUGGAAGUAGCCAGUGAUCCACUGUAUUUGCCUGAUCCUGAUCCUACCAAAUUUCCUGCCCAUAGGAAUCUGACACGGAAAGCUGGCUAUCUCAAUGCAAGAAAUAAGACAGGGCUGGUGUCUUCCAGUUGGGAGAGGCAGUUUUACUUCACUCAAGGUGGAAAUCUGAUGAGCCAGGCAAGAGGAGAUGUGGCUGGGGGACUUGUCAUGGACAUAGACAAUUGUUCUGUGAUGGCUGUGGACUGUGAGGACAGACGGUACUGCUUUCAGAUCACAUCUUUUGAUGGCAAAAAGUCUUCAAUCUUACAGGCAGAAAGUAAAAAAGAUUAUGAAGAGUGGAUAUGCACCAUAAACAACAUAUCUAAGCAGAUAUAUCUAAGUGAAAACCCUGAGGAGAUUGCUGCUCGUGUGAACCAGUCAGCUCUGGAGGCUGUCACUCCUUCUCCUUCCUUUCAGCAGAGGCACGAGAGCAUGAGGCCAGCUGUGCAAUCUCGUCCUCCUGCAGCUCGCACCAGCAGCACAGGGUCACUGGGGUCUGACUCAACAGCUCUCUCAGCACUUUCCUUGGAUUCCCUUGUGGCCCCUGACACUCCCAUCCAAUUUGACAUAAUAUCUCCAGUCAGUGAAGAUCUGCCUGGCCAAGCAAAGUCAUCAGGGCAAUCGGGCAGACGCACAAAUCCUUUUGGCGAAUCUGGAGGCUCAAAACCUGAAACAGAAGAUUCAAUUCUUCAUCAGUUAUUUAUUGUAAGAUUUCUUGGCUCCAUGGAAGUGAGGUCUGAUGAAAGCCCAGAUGUUGUUUAUGAAACAAUGCGUCAGAUACUCGCAGCUCGCGCCAUCCACAACGUUUUCAGGAUGACAGAGUCACACUUGUUAGUCACUUGUGACUGUUUAAAGUUAAUUGAUCCACAGACACAAGUUACAAGACUACGAUUUCCUUUGCCCAGUGUAGUGCUGUACGCUACACACCAGGAGAAUAAGCGCCUGUUUGGAUUUGUGCUCAGAACCUCAGGAGGGAGAGUGGAGAGCCGCCAGACUUCCAUCUGCUACAUAUUUGAAUCAAAUAAUGAAGGGGAAAAGAUUUGUGGCUCUGUUGGAUUGGCCAAACAGAUAGCUUUACAUGCAGAGCUGGAUCGAAAAGCCUCAGAAAAGCAGAAGGAAAUAGAUAGAGUGAAAGAGAAACAGCAAAAAGAACUGAAUAAACAAAAGCAAAUUGAGAAGGACUUGGAGGAGCAGAGCCGGUUGAUAGCAGCUUCCAGCAGAUCCAACCAGAGCAGCACAGAAGGACAGUUUGUAGUCCUUAGCAGCAGCCAGUCAGAAGACAGUGAUUUAGGAGAAGAUGGAAAGAAGAAGAGAGAAUCUGAAGCCUAAGGUUGCCUGCUUCAUUAAAAUUGGAAUCAUUAAUAUAUCUGGUGAAAUGGCACAAAUUCUACAAGAGGUGAAAUGUAGGUGGAGGGUCUGUCAUGUUAUAGAAAAGACUUCACAAUAUAUAGACCCUAUUAUGCCUUGAUUUUUCUUUCUCAGUUAAGUGAUUUCUAUUUCCUGCCAGUAAAAUUUCUCUUGUAUGCCAGAUGAAGCACGGUGAUGCUGCCAUUUAUUACAAACAUAUGUUUUCUCAAGGCUUCUCUGCAGUAUGGGAAAAAUGUGGGUGUUUUCCCCACUUAACCUCUGUGCAAUUGACUGCUUUGGAAGCAAAACUGAAAACUCAAAAAACCAAAAAAACCCCAAACAUUGAAAUUUGCUCUUUACACUGCAGUAGGGAGAACACCUUGCUGGAAACAAAAGUGGAUGUCCAAAUAAGACAGUGCUAGCUUUACCCAGUUUGUUGCACAUACCUGUUCUUAGACUUAGAAAGAAGGAUCCCCUUUAACAUCAGUGAGAUGUGCAAUAGUUCUAAACAGAAGGAUCUUCUUUGUUUCAUUUUGCACAGUAUGAUACUGUCUUGAUUUCCUUUUUAUUUUUUUUUUUUUUGGUGAUUACAAUGCCAAAAAAACUUAUUUCAACAGGAGAAAAAGAUACUGUCAGACCUGGAUAAGAGCUGAUGAGAUGCAGUUGAACUUUGUUGCAUGAGGAAAAGCAUUCCUCAUCAAAUGAUAAGAGUCGUGUAUAUAGCCUUGUAGCACAAGUGCCAUGUUCUUGGUUUUUCCCCAGUACUUGGAACACAAAGCUGUAAACCUUUGAGUUCAGUUUUAUAAAACGUGCUUAGAGUUGCAGGAACAUCUUGAAUUCCAUCAUAUCAAAAUCUUCUGCAUAUGUAAAUGCCUUGCUGCUAGUACAUUACAUCUACUGGAAAUGAGUUGAGGCUCUUCAUUGUUUUUAUGAUUUUGCAAACAGAAUUUACUAGUUCUGAAGUAAGAGAUGAUACCAAUCCUACAUCCUAGAGUCAGUUCUGGAAAGCAUUUUUCAAAGUGGUGUCUGUUUACAGCUUGUAAUCUGCACUCCAUAUUCCAUACCCUGUGUAAUAUUUAUUUUGUAUAGUAUUAGAUGUGCAUUCACCUUUUGAACCAGAAAAGAAAUCUUGUUUGAAGAGAAAUAUUUAUUUUUGCACUAAUUACUAUAAAUAUUAAAAUCCAGAGGAACAGAAGAUAGCUCUCUAAUAGUGGCAUGAAAAUAACAGGAUAUGUAGAGAGAAGAGAAUAUACUUAUAUUCCAGGUUAUAAUAUAACAGUUAUGAGUGAUUUACAGUUCAUUGCAGGGCAUUUCUGGUGUUCAGGAAUGGAAGCAAUUUUCAGAAUAUCUCCUCAGCAGCUGGUGGUGGCCCAGCCCUUCCUAGCUGGAGCUGUUCAGUGCUGAUAAAGUAUGUGAGGAAUCUCAGGUUGUGUCUGCUGGAUGGCUGUGGGUGCACAGAGGGCUCUUCUAACUCGUGGGAGUGCCUGCAUUGGCCAAAGCGCCAAUGGAGAUGUCACUUUGUGUGCAGGAGGUGGUGGCCUCGGCUCCUGUGACAGGAGUGAAGGGCAGCAGUGGCUGGGCAGGAGCAGAGGCAGCUGGAGCUGCAGAAGCUCUGGGCAGAGGUUUUACACCACAGGGGCUUGAGCAGCCACCAAAGGGCUCUGCCUUGAAACAGGAGGGGAGGAGGCUGGGGAACAGAGAGCCUCCAGGUUCUCUUCCUGAAUUGGUUACCAGAUCCUCUUCCAGUGUGAUUUUCAUCCCCAGAGUAGCCAGUCACUUGUAGAAAUAUCUGCUUUUGCUGCUGCCCAGUUGGUCACAUAGUAUUGCCCUGUGGCUGGAUUUAGCUGGCACAAUGCCACAUGGACCACUCCAACCUGAGGCUUCUUGUAAAAGACAGUGGCAUUUUUAUUUCAUAUCUAGGCUUUCAUUCUCAGCUCCCAUUUUUAAGAGACUAUUUUUAUUCUUGCCAACAAAAAUUACAGAGGCACCAAAUUCAAUUUUUUCCCUUUUUGUGCUUAAAUCAAGGCUUACAGAGAGUGGCAAGGCAGUUUGUCUCUGCAAAUUAUUCCAGUUCAUGUUUGUUUGUGUUUGUUUUUUUUUAUUUACCGAUUUUUUUUUCUAUCAAAUCAUAUCACAGGGUAGCCCAAGGUUACUGUGUCUUGUAUUUUUCUCAAGUAUGUACUGAGGAUGAAGCAGUUUGGAAACAGCACAGGGAGCCUAUGAAAUCAGUGAUCUCUAGUGUCUAGAAUCCAGUCCUCAGCUUGUAAGAGAAGGACUAAUUGUGUUAAGCACUGGAGCUGCAGUAGCCCAGGCUCCAGAGGGAGGACAAACAAUAGACAAGCACUCUCAAGAAAAAGCAUUUCUGAUGUGCAGCCUGCAUUAGCCUUAUUGAAGAAAUGUCAGAAAAUGGGAUUACUGUAUUUUUUGCAAAACCUACCAUUACUCAUAUAGCUAUAAAUCUGCAAAGAUGAGGAAGAAAGCUAAUCAAGUUGGCAGGUGAAUUUACUGUUAUAUGGGAUUUUUUGGAUUUAUCAAUAAAGAUUGGAAUGACUCCAUUUGCUUUUCAAGCUUUCCAUAUAUGCCAUGAAAUGUAGCUUUCUAAAACAGAGUAGGAGUGAAAUACAUUUCACUGACGUUGGAUGAUUCUCAUCUUAACCACUAAAAGAUUGAUAUGCAUGAAUGAAAUGUAGGUGUUGUUUGUCUUAUUUAGGAGAGUUUCACUGGUGUAAAACGAGCAAGAAAGUAUGAAAGCAUCUGGGGUAAUGAUGAAAGCUGCAAGAGCAAAGGGCAUGUCAGCAGAGCUGGGGAAGUCAGACAGGAAUGGUGACUGAGUUAGCAGGAAGGUGAGAAUGACUGAGCUUUGCUUAGCAAGGAUCACACAGGUUGUAAUUAGAACUAUCUCAAGGCAAAAACAGCUGCUGAGGUUUCACACGUGACCUUUUUUCCCAUCAGGUUUAGAACUACUUAGUUAGAAAACAGUUUUGUUGAAAAAAAAUCAGAAUGAUGCUUGGUAUUUUCCAUGAGCGUAUGUAACUUUUAGUAGGAACACCUCAUGGUCUACUGGGAACUGCUGUGGUAGAAUUUCACCACCAGAAUAUUUUAUUAUUGUAACUAAACUACUAGAUGGUUUCCUUUCCUAAUUUACAGGAGAUUAAAUAAACUCUCCUGUUUAUUAUUUUGUACUGCCUUUUAUUCACAAACUGAUCUUUCAGGCACCUUUGGCUGAAGCUGUAGUUUGCUUCACGUGCAUCUACUUUACUUCAGUCACUCCUGAAAAUAUUCUUUCAAGUCCAUGAUUUUGAAGUGGCUUCUUGUAGGUACUGAAUUGGCAGUGUUGUUCAGGACUAACUUGUUGUGUUGCUAAUUGCAGCCUCAUAAUUACUUUUAUCCCUCAAGUAAGAUAUGAAGCUUGUUACACUGUGUAGAUCUACACACUGCAGACCAAGCCAGUCUUGCUGUCAGCUGUUUCAAGCUACAUACAUUCUUUAUGUAUGUAAUGGCAUGAAUAUACAAAUAUAUCAGGUGUGCUUAUGGGUAUACAUUUUAUUGCAUUACAGAUGAUAGCUGGCACUCCUCUGUGGUCACUGCUAGAUUUGGCCAAGUCCAAACCAGAGGACAAAGUCAAAGUCAUGUACUACUGAAACAUAUCUAACUGGAUAUGAUCAGGUGGUGAAAAGUCAAUUGCAUGUCAGUCUUACUUCCUUAAUCUGUUUGAGUUUAAAAUUGUAUCAGGACAAUUUACUGUCUUAACAGUAAUAUUUCAGAGUUAAGAAACACUCCCCUUCUAAAGGGCUGUCAGAUUUCCUCUUUAUGGGGAUGUAAACCUAGAGCUGAA